UCCAGCCCGACGUUACCUCUGCAGAGGAAAACGCAGCGGAGCUCCAAAAAUGGUUUAUCCCCGUCUCAUUUGAGCCCAUUACCCCUUUUCGUACCAACAACGGCGUUUUUUUUUUUUUUUGUAUCCGUAGUUUAUUGAAGGCCUGACAAGGGGCGCCUCGCGACGAUGUGGAUCCAGGUUCGCACGAUAGACGGGAAGGAGACGCGAACCGUUGAGGAUCUUUCCAGACUGACCAAAAUUGAGACUUUACGGUUGAAAAUCCAGGACAUUUUCAACGUGAGCCCCCAGCAGCAGCGCCUCUUCUACAGAGGGAAGCAGAUGGAAGAUGGUCUGACACUUUUUGACUACAACGUGGGUCUCAAUGACAUUGUCCAGCUGCUAAUCCGCUCUCAGACCGAUCCCCCGGAUGGCCCCACCACCAAGGACCCCUCAGGUGUUGCAAGCAGUUCAGCUCCUCUGCCUGACUUGAAGAAUGAAAAUUUUCAAGCUCCAAUCUCCCCCGCAGAUUUGGAAACCUCAUCUUGUAUGGACAAUAAGAAAGAAAGCAGCCACGCCACUGUAAAUGAAUCUAAGCCAGAAACUGUCGCUACUAGUACCAAAAAUGGGUUCAGGUCCUCCAGUCCAGCACAGGACGCUCAGCCACCAACAUCCAGCAGGAGCACAUUAAUCAACCCAGGGAUUGGCCUGUAUAAGAUUAACGAGCUGGUAGACUGCAGGGACGUAAGCAUCGGAGCCUGGUUUGAGGCAUGCAUUGAAAAUGUGACACUUUCUCCUAAAGGACAGAUAACGCCCACCAAGGGAAAGGUGGGUCGGCCUCCUAAAAGGACUAAUGGGAAGCUGGAGGCUGACCAGGCUCAGGCCCUUGGACAGGGUCAAAUCACGGACUGUAACAGGAAUAACCCUGUGUUAAACUCUGAAAGUAACGGAGCCUCCACCUCUCAGACUGACUCUAACACAGAAACCAAGGAGAAGGAAGAGGACAUAGCUUACCACAUUAAAUACGAAGAUUAUCCAGAGCAUGGUGUGGUGGAGAUACGAUCCGUGGAUGUGAGGCCCCGGGCCAGGACCCUGCUUAAGUGGGACCAGCUCCAAGUGGGGCUGAAGGUGAUGGUCAACUACAACAUGGAGACCCCAGAUGAGAGGGGCUUCUGGUACGAUGCAGAGAUAGUGACCAUAAAUCAAACCUCGCGUACCAAUAAGGAGCUCCGAGUUAAUAUUCUCCUGGGGGGUCCUGAAGAUGUAAUUGGAGAUUGUAAAGUUCAUUUUUUGGAUGAAAUCUACCAGGUGGAGAAACCUGGAGCUCGGGCCCUUUCGAGCGCAGAUGGGCAGUUUAAACGGAAGAGCGGACCAGAGUGCAAGCACUGCAAGGCUGACCCUGAAGCGGAGUGUCGGUUCUGCUCCUGCUGCGUGUGCGGCGGGAAGCAGGACGCACACAUGCAGCUGCUGUGUGAUGAGUGCAACAUGGCGUUCCACAUCUACUGUCUCAACCCACCUCUGGCCACCAUCCCAGAUGACGAGGACUGGUACUGUCCAACCUGUAAAAAUGACACCAGUGAAGUCGUCAAGGCUGGCGAGAAGCUUAAAGCCAGCAAGAAGAAAGCCAAAAUGCCUUCAGCUACCACUGAGAGUCAGAGAGACUGGGGAAAGGGUAUGGCCUGCGUGGGGCGCACUAAAGAAUGCACAAUUGUUCCGUCAAACCACUAUGGUCCUAUUCCUGGAAUUCCUGUGGGGACCACCUGGAAAUUCAGAGUGCAGGUGAGCGAGGCGGGCGUUCACAGGCCACACGUCGGCGGCAUCCAUGGGCGCAGCAACGACGGCUCCUAUUCACUGGUGUUAGCAGGGGGCUUUGAGGACGAAGUGGACCGGGGAGAUGAGUUUACCUAUACAGGCAGCGGGGGUCGCGACCUCUCAGGAAAUAAAAGGAUUGGAGAGCACUGUUUUGACCAAACGCUGACUCACAUGAAUAGGGCUUUGGCUUUAAACUGUGAUGCCCCCUUGAAUGACAAAGAUGGAGCAGAGUCCAGAAACUGGCGGGCCGGAAAACCGGUGAGAGUGGUACGCAGUUCUAAAGGUAGACGCAUCAGCAAAUACGCUCCAGAGGAAGGAAACCGCUACGAUGGUAUUUAUAAGGUGGUAAAGUACUGGCCAGAGAUUGGGAAGUGUGGUUAUUUGGUGUGGAGGUACCUGCUGAGACGGGACGAUCUGGAACCAGCCCCGUGGACCCCUGAAGGACUGGAAAGGAUAAAGAAACUAGGGCUCGCAGUUCAGUACCCGCCAGGCUAUUUAGCAGCCAUGGCUAACAAAACAAAGAAGGAGGCCUGUGCUAGACCCGGUCGUGGCGGUCGGAGCAAACACUAUCCUGGGAGAGGGAGGCCGCGUAGGCCCAAGAUUAAAGCAAAAGAGGUGGAGGAGGAAGAGGGGGCGGCGGCAGCAGAGGACGAAGAGGAGGACGUAGAGGGGGGUGAGGCUCCAGAAGCCCAGAUGGAAGAGGAUGCACCACAAAGUAAUGGAGAGCCAAAGACAACCGGAGAAACUGCAGAGCCGUCACCAGAGACCGAGCCUCCGUCUAAACGCGUCAAGAUCGAAGAAACGUUCCAGCUGACCGAGCAGCAACAACAGCUGAUCCAAGAUGACACAGCCAACAAAAAACUGUGGAGCGAAGCCAUGGAUCACCUUAAAGAGGGACCGAAUUUCCUGCGGAAACUGGAGCAGAUCUUUAUGUGCGUCUGCUGCCAGGAGCUGGCCUUUCAGCCUAUCACCACCGUCUGCUCACACAAUGUCUGCAAGACUUGUCUGCAGCGGUCAUUUCGGGCAGCGGUGUACACCUGCCCCGCCUGCCGACACGACCUGGGCAAGGACUAUGUCAUGAACCAAAACAAGAAGCUACAGAUUCUGCUUGACCAGUUCUUUCCCGGCUACAGCAAGGGCCGAUGAGGUCCAAUUUAGAUGUAUGGGUAGAACACGUGCACAUAAGCAUCCAUUCUGUGCACCCCUGUAUACAGUCAAGUACUUAGAGCUCCACUUUGAAAUGCAUUGCACUCACAUAAUGUACUUACCCACGGGCAAAUGUAUUUUGCAUUUACAGCCAUUUAUGUAUACAAUCAUUUACACACAAACCACCUCAGUUAGAGACUGACCUCAUCUGCUGAACUUGGACCAUCUCCAUUUACAUCACCAGCCUGAAAAUUUGAACUAAGGACAUUUCUUCACUUCACUACUCCAGCCACCAGAAAGUGGGCACAAAAAACAAACGCACAAUCCCACCCACCAUCUCAAGGUUUUUUUUGUUUGUUUUUUCCUCCUCUGCGAUUUUUUGUUUUCCUUCCACUAUGAUGCCCGCUGGCUCUGAUAAUUGACGCACAGUACAUUGUUUGGGUGCAAAACUCCUGCUUGAAAGCGACACUUAAAUUCCUGCCAACCUGCUUGCAUUUUAUGUACCAUGCAGUUUUACACAAACUUGCAGAAAUCAGUUUUAAUAAUCCCUCAUUUGCAGUGUGGAGGUUUGUGGUGCUAAAAGGAGCAGGUUUUAAGAAAAGAUUCUCAAAGUAAGGAAUUUUACACUGUUUUAUAAAAGAAAAUGAAGCACUAUAUUAGUGACUCGUGCUGUACGCUUCUUUCUAGGCAUGUUUGAUGUAUUUUCCUGCAUCAAGUUUCCGUGCUUGUGUCACUGCAAGUCGUCUUAUUUCUUUCUAUUCUAACAGGAAGGUCGAAAAAGGAGAACAUGUCAAUCAAAAGCUGUUACUACAUUCUUUUUUAUUUCUUUUUUUUUUGGUAACGUGUCUUUUUAGGUUUAUCUGAACCCCCACCUACAUUUAUACUAAACUCAAACCAGGGAAGAAUUUUUGUAAAGAUUUACUGCUAAAUUGAAUGAACCUGAUCUUAAUUUGACACCAGAAGAGUAUGAUUCUAAAUUGCAUUAUAGGCAUUAAGGUUUAUCAUUACUCACAAAGAAAAAAAAUUCAAAAAGGAAUAAAUUACAUUUACUACAGAAAAGCAACAAUUAUACCUUUUGCUAUGGUAAUAGUUUAUCAUUGUGAUUUAUAGCCUUAUAAUAAUCAUAAAUAAAUCAGACUGAAACAAAAUGUUAGCUGGUUAAUUAGUCAGGGUGUCUGCACAGACAUGCUCUUUACAGCUCCCAAAUGCUAUUUUAAAAGAACAUCGGUUUAGUUAGAUUACAUUAUAACACAUGAUUACCAUAUAAGAGGUAGCCUCCUUUCAGCCAGCUGGACUCCAGUGCACAGCAACACCCCAGGAAGGUUCUUUAUGCUGCUAUAGAAAUACUUGAUCAUCCCAACACAUUCUGAAAAUGCUGCCAUAGAUAUCCAGCACUUUCCUAAACUCUUUUUGUUUUUACCAGUUAUACCAGUAUAAACCUGCACAGCGGCAGUUUGAAAAAUAUGUUUUCAGCUAAGAUAGAACAGCAGAUGAAAGCAAUGCGAGAGUGGUAACCUGGCUGUUUCCAACCAAAGAGGGCAACAGGUGCUCCAGCAAAUUACAGAGUGAGAGAAAUUAAGUGUUCGUUAACCUUUUAAAUCAUGCUAAAUUGGUCAAGUAGACUCCCAAAGUAGAUCUAAGAUCCUCUAAAUUAACUCAACAUAGACACGAGUAUGUCUGAAGAUUAGCCAAUCAGGACUACAGCUCUACUGCCUUAAGCAUCAUAUAAUGCAGGAGGGAAUAUUUUCCAACUUGUUCCGACUUGAAAAUCAAUGCCUAAGAUCAAACAGAAAGUCUUUGAUAUCUGUUUUAAAAAAACAUACACAUUUGCUCUUCUUAAAGAGAUUUACAGGAUGAAAGUGCAAAAGAACAGAUCGUUCUCAAAUAUAACUAUAGCUCACAUAUAACACUAUCAAAAACAUUUUGAAAUGGAAAAUGUUUCCCCUUAAAUGGAUAUAAAACAUAAAAACUACUGUUUAUCGACAUACUAAAAGAUGUAUGUCCUUAUUUCAUUGUGUACACGAGAUAAAACGUGUAGCCCCAAAUAAUAACCUUAAAUCGACAGCUGUGAUCAUUAUACAAACAAUCCCAUUUAUACUAUAUGAAUGAGUCCCACAUUUUUUCUUUUAAAAAGUAAUAACCAAAGCUCUAAGGUUUUCAGAAAGUACACAUUAUCUAUUAUGGAUGAGGAAAAACAAAUGUUUUUAUUUAGCUUGGCAAACAACAGAAGCCCUUAGAAAAAAAUCAAUCUAAUUAGCACAUUUUCAAUUGCUGUAACAAUACCUAAGUAGCAAUAUUGUAAAGAUCUUGAAGAUUCUCACUUUUUAUUAUUUUUUUUAUCCUGAGUCACAUUGACUUGGAUUGUUUCCAAAGUUUAUAACCCAAAGUGGUCUCGAUAUCCAUAUAUGUUCACAAUAUGGAUCGUUUUUCCCCACCAUUUCUAGUGAAGAAUAAUUCUAAAUGUGUUACAUGCUUUAGAAUGAAUGCAAAAUGAUGAUUCAUUGUGACCUAGACACAUUUGCACCUGCUGGUGUGGUACUUUAAAAUGCCCCAGGUUGGCAGGUUUAAUGGGAAAUAAAACAAAUGAGAUGGAGAGCAGAGCCAGAGUUUUUACACCGACCCAUAACGUGGACAGAGGUCACCUGCAAGGUCACGGUUCAGAUAAUUAAUUAGAUCAGUUUGGGUUUUGUUUUUUUUGUUUUUUGUGGGGAAAAUGUAGCUCAUGUUCAACUGCAAGUCCGUUAGCCCUCGUGGCAAAGCCAGGUUAUAUACGUCAGGCUAAAUUUAUACUUUAAGCCUUUCAGGCUCACAUGUUUCUUUUCAUAUGCAAAUCAGCACUUGUUCAUCUGCAGGCUGUUUGUGGUGAUGUCCUUGUCUCUGUCGUCAUUCAGGAUUUUUUUUUUUUAUCAGCAACAUGCAAAUACAAAUGCUACUACAGUCUUUAAAGCUAAAUGUGAUGUGUAUUAUCUUGAGAUUAUUUUUUUUUUUUUGCAUUGACUAUGAAGCUAACAGCCCUCCUUUCUUUCUGCUGUGACCUUUGCUCCUAUUCUGCUCUUUUUCUGCUCUCCGUGAACCUAUAGUACUAACUUCUAGACGUCUUGUGGACGCUUGGCUGCAGUGCAGUUUUAUUUUUUAUUUUUUUGCACUCUACUGAAACACAGGUUGCGCGGUCACAUUUGGUUAUCCUUGAAUGCUAACUGUUAUCUGUCUGUACUCUGAUUUUCUUAGUUGAUUACGUUCGGUUUUAAUCAUUAGUCGGUUUUAUGUUGGAAGCCUCAAAUAUUUUGCAGCACAUGCCAAUCUGAAAAGUUUCGUCGCUUCAUAUUGUGAUCUGAAAUUUUAUACAUGUCAUGAUUCUUGAUAUGUACCAAUUAAAUAUUUGGUUUCAGGAAAAAGAAACGUCUUUUUUUUUGUAUGCGGAUUUCAUAAAAUAAAAGAAU